AUGGAUUCUACAGAAGAUGAGAUUAUAGAUACUUCAGCCAAUAUUAAUACGUCUUUAAAUUUAAAUACUAGAAAUCUACAUAAGUUUAAAAAACUAUUUUCUGAAUAUACACCAAUUGUAGACUAUAUUACUCAAUGUUGUAGUAUUUUGACAGAUUCGGCUGUUUUGAAUGAAGAUCUUAUAGGACCAGAAGGAGCAUCUAAUUCUACAGAAAUUUCUAAACUUGAAGAAGCUUUAAAAAGUGUAAUUGAUUGUAUGGAAUAUAUUAAUUUUCAAGAAGAUAUAUUGUCUGAAAUUUCUAAAGAAUAUAAAAAAGAUGAUAAUAAUUUAGAACUAAAAUUUCAGGAAUUAUAUCAAAGAAAGAAAAAUGAUUAUGAUUCACUUAAUUUUCUCCAGAAAUAUUCUAAAAAAAAUGAAUACAUUGAUUUUAAACAACGUAUAUGGGAUGUUCAUCAUCAAAAUAUUCCAAUGUCACAAAAUGAAUCUUUUUUUCAAGGUAUUAUCUUUUUUUCUUUAUUUCUAAAAACUCAUCUACUAAAAGAUGAUGAUAUUAUUAUAUCUUAUUUAAACCAAAAUAUAAAAUGUCCACUUACUAUGACAUAUCUCGAAGAACCCAUGAAAUCACGUGUAUGUGGUCAUUAUUUUUCUAAACAUGCAAUUUUAGAAAUCCUUAAAUGUAAUAAUGGGAAAUGUAUAUGCCCUAUAGUAGGCUGUAAUAAAAUUAUUGACAACAGCAUAUUAAUUCCUGAUAAAAUAAUGGAAAGAAGAGUCAAUAUAACUAAAGAACUUGAAGGCGAUUUUGAAGAAUCUGAAAAAACUAAAAAAGAAUCCACAUAUGUAAAUAUUUAA